CGUGGCGUGACCCGGAAGUGAAUGGUCGGAGUGCGGUCAUGGGGCGGCAGGACAGCAACGAAGACACAGAAGAUGUGUCCCUGUUCGAUGCCGACGACGACGUGGUCCGGCGGCCAAAGUCAAAGAUCAGACAUCCAGUGGCUUCAUUUUUCCAUUUGUUCUUCCGAGUGAGUGCGAUCAUUGUUUAUCUCCUGUGUGAAUUGCUGAGCAGCAGCUUUAUUGCCUGCAUGGUGACCAUCAUCUUGUUGCUGUCGUGCGACUUUUGGGCCGUGAAGAACGUCACAGGCAGGCUGAUGGUCGGCUUGCGGUGGUGGAACCAGGUUGAUGACGAUGGAAAGAGCCACUGGGUUUUUGAAGCCCGGAAGGUGUCCGCCCAGGGGAAAAGGAACACCUCAGAAGCGGAGUCCCGGAUCUUUUGGCUAGGGCUGAUCACCUGUCCCAUCAUGUGGGUGGUGUUUGCCUUCAGCGCCCUGUUCUCCUUCAAAGUGAAAUGGCUGGCGGUGGUGACGAUGGGCGUGGUCCUCCAGGGAGCCAACCUGUACGGCUACAUCAGGUGUAAAGUGGGCAGCAAAAAGAAUCUGACCAGCAUCGCCACGACUUACCUCGGAAAGCAGUUCCUGAGACAACAGACAACUCAAGACAGUGAGACGUCUUGAAAUCAAGGAAAAUGCACAAAUCCGGUUUUGGCCGACAACGAAGAGAUUGUCCCAUUUUUUCUGGACCUGUACAGAUGGCUGUAGUCGGGCUUUUUCAAGGGACGGGGGGGUACUAUUUCUUCCCAUUUCCCAGUUUAAGUUGUUUUAAGGAACUACAGGCUCAUUGGCCUCAGUUUUUCAUGGCAAAUUUUUAGUUUUCAGACGAUUUGGACUCUAAGAGCUGUAGUGGUGGAAGUAUAGAAAUGACUCAGAUUUUGCUUGGUCUAAUUUUUAAAAUGUGUGUCGGUGUGGGUGUAUGUAAGUGCACAGAUGUGCCCACGUGUUAGGGUGUAUUCAUGUGUAAUAUAUGCUCACUCACGUACAAUUGAGUGUGUACCCGGAAGGCCUUUUGAUGGAAAAGUAACCUUAGAAAAAAGAAUCAUUUCAGGUCGUCAGCUUCAAAGAACGUCUUGAAUCCCAGUUCCUUUAGAGGAGGGGAAUUUUCUUCAGAUAUCCAGAAUAUUUGUUAAAGGCUGGCUGACUGGUUUUCCACUUGCAGGGGAGUUAUACACCACACACACCCACAAAAACACUUCUUGCAGUGGAAUUCUGCAAAUGAGCCAGCCUGUAGGAUAUUUAACCGGAGUAGACAACAGCGUGUUUGGAAAACGCCGUUGGAGAUCUCCACGAACCCCAUGGGCACCAAACAAAUACUUGCUAUCUAUAUCGAUUCUGUUUUGGGGCAACCUGCAGAUUUAGCAGAAGCGUUUAGAUGUCACAAGUGACAUGGAAAGUUUAAUUGCGCGUUCCUUGUCUCAUCCUCUGAGGCGCUGAUUGAGAUUUGGUCAUCUCAAAGGCCUGUAAUCUCCAAACUGUUGAGGAGUGUGUUAUAUUUAUGUUAGGGUGAGGGUUGAACCCUUAAAUAUCUGACAUACGAGACACUCGGAGGGCGUGUCUUAUUUUAAUUAUAUUUUCUGUUCGUGAGAAUGAUGGGGACUUGUAAAUCACAGGUUUGGGUUUCAGGUGUUUCUUAUAAUAAAGCAAUAUAUUUAAACUAUCCACUGUUUUGACCUAUAAGCUCUGGCACUAAAUUUUUAGGAUUCUUUGGAACAAUAGAUCCUUUUGUAAAUAUAUUUAUAAAUAAAAUUAAGCUUGGUCUAA